CCUCUGUUGUGUUGUUUGCUGUGUUAUGGUGACCUGGCAAUGGGACACAUCACAAGUAUUGAUCUGGUUGUGUCUUUAAUUUGUUUAUCUUUAUUUCCAACGUUGCUACUGCUGCCAUUGUGAUCACUGUGCACAGCCAGCUUUCUACAAGUCGAAGAGAUGAGAGGAUCUAACCAGUAGGCAGAGAGCCACGGCGGUAUUGCCAGUAAAUGAAGAUAAAUAAUGUGUAACAGUGGAGCUGCGCUGUGAUGUUGCUCAGGCAGAGUGCUGAGGAGAGCAGGCAGCCUUGCAGAUCAGCGCACAGAGCCAGGACCUGCCCCGAACUGGAGGACCUGUCUCCACCACGGGUCCCUUCUCCCCCCCUCACCAGCAUGUACCCCGAGGAGAGUAAGGGGUCUGGAGGAGUCGCCACCGUGGACUUCCUGGACGGGACUUAUGACUACACAGCACCCACCCCAGCACCCACCCUGUAUAGCCACUCCAGCACGGGUUACUUCUCUGCACCCAUAGACGCUCAUGGACCACCCUCCGAUGGGAGUUUGCAGUCCCUGGGCAGUAGUCCCAACAGUCCUCUGGUGUUUGUGCCCUCGAGCCCAUGCCUCAGCCCCUUCAUGCAUCCACCCAGCCAUCACUAUCUGGAGAACAGCUCCACACCAAUCUACAGGUCCACUCAGCAGAUGUCGAGAGAGGAGCAGAGUGGGGCAGAGGAAACCUUCAGAGUGGGUGAAUCUGUGUCAGGGACAGGGGUUGGACCUGGGGGCUUUGAAAUGGCCAAAGAGACUCGCUUCUGUGCAGUGUGUAGCGACUAUGCCUCUGGGUACCACUAUGGGGUGUGGUCCUGCGAGGGCUGCAAGGCCUUCUUCAAGAGGAGCAUCCAAGGUCACAAUGACUAUAUGUGCCCAGCAACCAAUCAGUGCACCAUUGACAGGAAUCGGAGGAAGAGCUGCCAGGCCUGUCGUCUUAGAAAGUGUUAUGAAGUGGGGAUGAUGAAAGGAGGUAUUCGUAAAGACCGUGGUCGGGUUUUGCGGCGUGAUAAGCGAAGGAUUGACAGAGAUAAAAACUCAAAAGUCUUGCAUCACAAAACAGCGCCACAACAGGACAGCAAGAAGCACUACAGCAGUACUCCAGGUGGAGGAGGAAAGUUUGCCAUUACUGGGAUGUCUCCUGACCAGGUGCUUCAGUUGCUACAGGGAGCCGAGCCCCCUCUCCUCUGCUCUCGUCAGAAGUUGAGUCGACCGUACACAGAGGUCAGCAUGAUGACCCUGCUCACCAGCAUGGCCGACAAAGAGCUGGUGCACAUGAUCACCUGGGCCAAGAAACUACCAGGUUUCCUGCAGCUCUCUCUUCAUGACCAGGUGCUUCUGCUGGAGAGCUCAUGGCUGGAGGUGCUGAUGAUUGGCCUGAUCUGGAGGUCCAUCCACUGCCCCGGGAAACUCAUCUUCGCUCAGGACCUCAUCUUGGACAGAAAUGAAGGGGACUGUGUGGAGGGCAUGGCUGAGAUCUUUGACAUGUUGCUAGCCACAGCCUCCCGUUUCCGCAUGCUCAAGCUCAGACCAGAGGAGUUUGUGUGCCUCAAAGCCAUUAUCCUGCUCAACUCUGGUGCGUUCUCUUUCUGCACCGGCACAAUGGAGCCUCUUCAUGACAGUGCUGCAGUCCAGAGCAUCCUCGACACCAUCACUGACGCUCUCAUCCACUACAUCAGCCAAUCAGGAUACUCCUUUCAACAACAGUCCAGAAGACAGGCCCAGCUCCUGCUUCUGCUGUCCCACAUCAGGCACAUGAGUAACAAAGGCAUGGAGCACCUGUACAGCAUGAAGUGCAAGAACAAAGUGCCCCUGUACGACCUGCUGCUGGAGAUGCUGGAUGCUCACCGUGUCCAUUGCCCCACCCGGACCACCCAGGCCUGCUCCCUGGACACCAGCGAGCCUCUCUAUGACAUCAGCAGUGGUUUAAGUUCAGACCCCUGCGGUACGACGAACGGGGGCGGCAAAGUGUCCUCUCCUAGUGUCCUGCAGUAUGGAGGGUCCCGGGCAGAUUGCACACAAACUGCAUGAAAAGAUGACAUGGUUGCAUUGUGAGUGUAGUUUAGAAGGGAUUUGAUGAUGUUUAAGGAUACAACAUAACAAAGUUUACUUGGUGGUUAAAUUGUUAUUUUUGAUGACAGCCCCAAUUCAAAACAAUCUAUGAUGCACUAUGUAUUUUGAUAUCUUUCUUUAAAACUAAUAAUUGAACCAAAAGCCAAAUGGUGAUUGGGUAAAUUGGAUCUUUAAAACAGUAAGCAGACAGAGUUAACCAAUCACAGUGAAGUGUAACUCUAAAUAGAAAAGUACAUGAAUUGUGAUAAAAACACAACUGUGGCCUAUAAUGUAAUAGUUUUUGUCAUGAUAUCACCAACCCCUAUGGCCACUUUAUAGGUUGGUGGUCAUAAUGUUAUGUUUGAAUCAGUUUUGAAGGUAAAUAUUAACAGUAAUUUUCUAGUUGUUCAAUUUCCUCUAGCAGCUGUGGAUACUCUCUUGUUCUGAGGCUCUGGGCUUAAACAGUUAUUUUCAUUCAGCUGUUUUUAAUAUUCAUAAUUAUGUGUCUAAUGGCUCUACAGUGCAGCUUUCCAAACAGCAGGUAUUAUUGUUGUAUUGUCUGGCAGCUGUGAUCUAAUAUGGCGGAUGAGCAGCUUAUGCUAGUCUUUUAUUGUCUCUACCAAGUGCACUUCUUCUUGGGUUUCAGGGUCUAAUGGCAUUAUUAUUUUUCAAAACAGAUAAUUGCACUUGAGUAAAAUUAAUGUGACUUGCAAUGUUUUUAAGCUUGGUAACAUUUGAGCCUUUGUGAAAAUAUAAAGGAAGAUUAACUUUUGUAUUGGUUAAGUGUCUAUAGAGCACAUAUCUUCUAUCAUCAGCCAGUUUGUUUGCUUGACAUAGCAAAAUUUUACUGAAUUCUUUUUUUUAUGUGUGAAAUAGCUUCAAGCUGGUUAAAAAAAUGUGUGACUACACCAUUUACCAAGUAAUAAGGCGGCUUAUCUCAAGGCAUUUGCUAUUUUCAUCAAAAACUGCACAAACAAGAUAGCUAGUUAAGGUUAUUUUAUGAAAAAUUAUAAUGUAACUUUAUAGAGCUUAGCUUUAAUGCAUCUCAUCUUUGAAAAAAAGUCAUAACAAUGAGCUUAUAUAGGAUCAUAAUUUGUCACUGGUGGAUGUAAAUACAAUCUUAAACUGACCAAAAAGAAUUUGUGCAUUAAAUAAAAUGUUUUGUCUUGAUAUUUCUU